AGCGGGCUUAGGUACGGCAGGUCGCGCUAGUCUGGCUGGUCGUCUGCUGAGUGAACAAGUCAGUGAUAGAUGGGAACUUGGUUUGUUUUCAUUGGAUUUUAAUUUUAAUUAGAAAAUAUGCGGCGGAUAUCGGAGUAACAGGGUGUGGUUAUACAUCGUUUGCAAGUUGAUGUUUCCACAGAAAGUGACAUUAGAAUCGGGAAUCCCCACACGGCAAUUACAUCACACCACGGCGCGCAACCCUCCACCAUUACACACUGCAAGGUCUAAAUCUGCAGUCAUUAACCUCUAGGUCAAUCGCUAACGACUUGAUUGCGCUCACAGUUAUUAUGAGCGUCACAUAUUGCUGGACCUAAUUACUCACGACUUACUUUGUCUGAUGUGGUUAGGUUUGAUAUUUACUGAAUCAUACAACGAAGCUGACACAUUACAUGUCCUAUGUGAAGUUGUCUGAAAUAGACAACCUGUUUUUUGUAUUAAGAUUAUGGACAGUUAAGAGAAGUUUUAAUUUCUGGUACUGAAACGCAGACUAUAAUUCUAUAAGGUGAACAGUUGUUGGCAUUUCAAGAAGGAUCUAAAAACUCGGAUUGUUGUGAGUGAGGUCGACAGUUUCAGCCAUGGCUAGACAGGUUUGGAUGCUGUUGGUUUCAUUCCAGGUCCUGUCCAUCGCCACUUGUCAACAGACAAUGCUGACGUUUACACAGGAGGAAGAGCAACCGGCUGGUCAGUUUGUGGGCAGCGUGUCCGGCAGUCAGAUUGUGACCCAGAUGGUCGGCAAAGAUGACCGGCCAUCUCUCAGGUACAAUAUCCUGGGAGGAGACGACAACUUUGCCCUGGGGAACAUCAAUGGAAACCUAACAUUCGCUAAACGAAUAGACAGGGAGAAACUGUGCCCUAUGGCGGUCGAUUGUAAAUACCCGUUGACUGUGACGGUCAGCGGACCUAACGGCUUCUUCCAAAGCUUGUCAGUACAAGUCAUCAUCACCGACAUCAACGACAAUGACCCGUACUUCAGCCCAUCUGUCUUCAACCUCACCAUCAACGAGGCGUCCCCACCUGGGUUUAGUUCCCCCCUCCUGUCUGCCAAUGACGCGGAUAUGAGUGAGGCAUACGGCGUGAAGACAUACGGCCUAGAGCCCGAGUCUGAGGUGUUUAGGGUCGUGACCUCGACAAAUCAAAUCGGCACCGUCCGGGUGAGUUUAGUCCUGAGCCAGCCGCUGGAUAGAGAAACACUGGACAGGUACCAGUUAUACCUGGUUGCUAGGGACGGAGGGACCCCCAAGAGAAGCGGCACGUUGACGGUGAACAUUAUAGUGGGCGACGAUAACGAUAACUUUCCCGUGUUUUCUAGCGUCGUCUACACGGCCGUGUUCAACGAAACAGCCCAGGCCGGGUAUGAGAUCAUCCGGGUCAAGGCCACGGACGCUGACCUUGGCGAGAACGGACGCGUCGUGUACAGCUUGAGUACCAUCCAGCCCGGCAACCGCGUGGACAUUAGAGACAAGAUCGCGGUCAACCUGACAACCGGGUCUCUGACUUUAAAGAGCGCCCUGCCCAGCGGAGACUACCAGAUCCACAUCGACGCCCAGGACAACGGAUCCCCGACAAAAUCCAACCAGGCAUUAGUCAACGUGACCGUCCUCGACACGGAAAACAGCCAACCCGUCGUCACGCUUAACCUGGUCCAGAUCAAUGACUACCCUAAAGGAACCGCCCCUGAGACGGCAUCCGCUGUCGGCUCCGUCGUGGCGGUGGUCACCGUCGACGACUCCGACUCUGGAAAAAACGGCAACGUCUCCUGCGCCAGCGCGGAGCCGUCCUUCCAGCUACAACAGCUGAGCAGCUACUCCUACAAGCUGAUGGUCGCUCGACCCCUUGACCGCGAGACCACCGCUGUACACAAUGUGACCAUCGUAUGCCAGGACCAAGGCACCCCCAGCCUCAGCGCCUCCGCCUCUGUGCAAAUCACCGUCAUUGAUAUCAACGAUAACCCACCAGUUUUCCCCCGCAUGAACUACGAUGCCCAGAUUAUCGAGAACAACAUGCAAGGCGAUACAGUACUCGUAGUCAACGCUCUUGACGCUGAUGUAAAUGAAAACUCUCAUAUAGAAUAUAGACUCAUCAAUGAAGGAGGAAACUUCACAAUAUCACCAACCAACGGCGUCAUUAGGGCUAACCGUGUUUUCGACAGAGAAGAACAAUCAAGAUACGAAUUCAAAGCCUUAGCCGUAGACAAAGGCACCCCUCCGCUCACCGGCGUAACGACAAUCGUCAUCACCAUUUUAGACGUGAACGACAACGCCCCAAAGUUUUCCCAAGACAACUACAAGUUUCAGAUCUACGAGAACAGAGAGAAGGAUAGCAUGGUGGGGAACCUGAGCGUGGUGGAUCCAGACUUGGAGGAGGGCGGGGAAAUCACGUUCACGGUCAGACCUGUCAGUUACCCAGACGAUAUCCCAUUCUCCGUGACCAAAGACGGCAGGAUUUUAACCUUGGACCGGUUCGACAGGGAAAGCAGAAGUGACUAUAAGUUUAUCGUCAUCGCAACCGAUAACGGUCAACCAAAGUUAUCCUCAUCCACGCAGGUGACUGUGGAUAUCCUGGAUAUGAAUGACAACCGACCUUCUUUUAUAUUCCCCGGCCCUCAGAACUCCUCGGCUUAUGUGAACAUCCCUAUCGAAGCCGAUUCUACCUUGUUAUCGUUGGAAGUAAGUGAUCUAGAUCAAGAAGAUUCUCAAAACAGUUGGAUCACUUACAGCAUUGUUGCUUCCAACGCGUCGGAUUUGUUUCGCAUUGGUAAAAUUGACGGCAGGUUAAUCGCCAACAGAGCGAUUCUUCUAGCGGAUGUCGGAACGUAUUCCAUCACGAUCAACGCGUCGGACCAAGGCAAUCCGGUGAUGUGGACGACGGGGACGGUGCUGGUGGUCGUCCAGACGGAACCCGUGGCCGCCAGCAGCAAGGUCCUGGCUGACCAGAACGUGCUGAUCGUGGCAUGUAUCGUCUGCUUCACGGUCAUCGUGUCCGGCGCCGUGCUGGUCGCCCUAUGCGUCAUGCGGCGUGUGGACCGGCAGAGGAAGAUGCAGUACGGCAGUUCUUCUUGCUGCCCCAGCCGUCAUCAAGACGGGGAGGGCCGGGACAUGAAUCGACAGUACGACCCAGCGACCCCAGCCAGCAAGCAACUCUCCACCAAGGACAUCAGCUCGCCCUUUGACCUCCACCACCAGCCCCAGGUCUACCAGCUCAAGCCCAGUCGACCAAACGACAGUUUCCAGACCGAGUCCUCCAACGUUUCCACCUUCACUUCCGGUCUCAGCUCAGUGGGGGAUGCUGGGAAAAAUUAUUUCACAGGCCAGACUAGACAGCUCCCAGACGUCAAAGUCCUCAAGCACGACGACUUCCAUAGCACGAGUUCUGCAGAAACCAGCACAGGGGAUAGCGGCCACGGAAGUGACGAGGACAUGUCCAACAGCCUGGAACACGCCAUCAUCCCCACCGCCCCUCCGGUUCCAGCCAAGAUGCCUUCAGCAGAUCUCCCAUCCUACAACAGACAGAACUCCUCCAGGUUGAGCUGCCCACAACAGCAACGCAUGCAGAGACCGUCUCUUCUGUUGAAUAGCGCCAAGGCUAAAACGAACACGGUGCGGUUUGACCCUCACGUCAGCUACGAUCAAAUCCCACCGUUCAGGGCGUCACAGGUCUUCCAGCAUUCUAUGUCCCAUGACAACAUCAGCAGCGUUUCUUCAUUCACGCAACAGCAACAACAGAGACCCCCACAGAAAUUUGAUCUUCUGCUGGUACAAGACCAACAGCAACAGGCGCCGCAUCACCAGCUACAACUUCCCUCCUACCGUCAACACAGACCGCAGCAACCACAACAAACACCAUCACAACAACAACAACAACAAAAAGCACCACCGGUGCCACCACCCCCCUUUCAAAAAGAACAUCCCCUCGUCGUAUCUCGCCCAACCUCGCCAACUCUCCAUCACUUCCAUUGGGGACGACGAGAGCGAUCUGAACACAACCACUUCCGGUAGCUACAGCGUAGCAUCAGACGAUUGUGCCAGACUUACUAGUCUAAACGAAACCAAAGAUUUAUACGUAUAAAAAAACUGAUUCAACCUAGUGCUUUCUAAAUACGUCAUAAACUUGUAUUUUCUCGCACUUGUCUUUCCUGUUACAUCCACCAUAUUGUUACAAGUUGUUUUUUUUUUAAUUCUUCUUCACAUUCGUUUCCUGAAAAUGUUUUGGAUCUUACAGAUGAGUUUUUUUUUUAAGUUUCCUUGUUACUGGAAAUAAAUAUCAAGCAAUAUUCAUUUCACCUGUUGCGAAAGACACUAGCAGUUGGCCAGAAAAACAUUUUAAAAAAUGGUAUAACAAGCCAAAUUGGCAGUAUUUUAAAGACAGUUUGUAUUGAUAUGUACAUAUUUAUAUUAGUAAUAAUUCAUUUGAUGACAAAUUGUAAUGUUAUGAAGAAGGCUGGAGAACAAUCAAAAUUUGGACAUUGUCUCAAUGUUAGACUCGGUGGUUGAAUGAAAGUUUGGAACAGAUCUGAUUCAUAUCGACAGUGUGUUCAAAACAAGCGUGCUUCUAUGCUAUUGUGUAUUUGUUUCAACAGGUGCUUGAUAGGACUGUGUGCUACAGUACGAUUGUGUGUUUGUUUAAAAAAAAUCUGCUUCAGUAAGAUUGUGUUUUCGUAUCAAAAUGUGCUUCAUAAAGUUGUGCGCUGGUAUCAAAUAUGCUUUGAUUACAUUGUUCGUUUCAAAAUGUGCUUCAUACGAUUGUCUGUUCGUAUCAAAUGUGUUCCAAUAUGAUUGUGUGUUCAUAUACCAUGUGCUUAUUUAUGAUUGUGUGUGCUUGUUGUAUCGUGUGUACCUUUAUUGUAACUUCUCAACGAACUUGUUAUUAUAUUGUUUUAAAUUAUAACAUUCCAUAAUUGAACAGCGUAAGCAAACCGAGAAUAGAGGGACGCAUUAAGCUUGAGUAGCUGUAUAUAUGUAAACUAUGUAACGCUUGCUGCUUAUGAAUUUAGAGGCCAUACACUGUAGCCAGUAUAUUAUUAAAUGAUGAAUAUUUUAACACAAUGUAGACUGUGUUCACUAGUGAUUAAAGACAGAUGUUGCUUAAAAUCUAAAUGGCAUAUUCAGAACUAUCACUUGAGGCCUGGGUGGGGGAUGGGGUAGGGGGUAUUUUCAACCUUAUAUAAAGUAUUCUCAUCUACUAUUACAGUGUACACAACAUUCUGUUUAAAUAUUUAUCUUCAGCUUCCCCUACCACCCUCCACCCACCUAUCUGCCUACCACCUUCAUGUGUAACAGAGGCUUUGAAAUCAUCCAAUCAAAAUCAAGGCAAAAUUUGAAUCCUUUGCGUACUUAUACACCAUCAUAUACACAUGUACACGUUGCAGCUUGUAUAACAAGAGCUAAAUGACCUGUUACUUAUAACAUGCGUUUUAAACCAUUGUUAAACAUUUAACCUGCCUGUGUAUUUCCAUCCGUUUGCUUACAAAAUAUUCUUUCAUCACUGUACAUAUAAUUUUUUUUUAUACUGAGAAUAAACUGUUUUGUA